UAUAUCUCAUUGACAAAGAAUUCAAUGUUGUGGGAUAUACUUUGCUGCUGAGCUUGAUUGAGUACAAGACUCUUGUGAUGCGUGGUGAUCUUGAAAGGGCAAAUGAGGUCUUACCAUCAAUUCCAAAGGAGCAUAAGAAUAGUGUGGCUCGUUUCUUGGAAUCGCGGGGAAUGAUAGAAGAAGCGUUAGAAGUUGCUACAGAAUCUGAUUACAGAUUUGAGCUAGCCAUACAGCUGGGUAAACUAGAGAUAGCGAAGGAAAUAGCCACAUUAGCACAAAGCGAGUCUAAAUGGAAGCAAUUGGGUGAAUUAGCUAUGUCCACUGGAAUGUUAGAGAUGGCUGAGGAAUGUUUAAAGCAAGCAAAUGAUUUGAGCGGUUUACUACUACUCUAUUCUUCUCUGGGAGAUGCCGAAGGAAUAACUCAACUUGCAUCUCUUGCCAAAGAGCAUGGGAAGAACAAUGUUGCAUUCCUCUGUCUAUUUAUGUUGGGUAAAUUGGAGGACUGCCUUCAGCUGUUGGUUGAUAGCAAUCGGAUACCUGAAGCUGCAUUGAUGGCUCGUUCUUAUCUUCCUAGUAAAGUGUCAGAAAUUGUGGCUCUCUGGAGAAAGGACCUCAAUAAGAUUAAUCAGAAAGCUGCAGAAUCUCUGGCUGAUCCUGCAGAAUAUCCCAAUUUAUUUGAGGACUGGCAAAUUGCACUUGAUGUUGAAUCUAAAGUUGCCGAGACAAUGGGUAAUUAUCCUCCAGCAGCUGAAUAUGUACAGCAUAUUGAUAGAUCAACCGCAAGCCUUGUGGAAACUUUCAGAAACAUGCAAGUGCACGAGGAAGAACCACUGGAAAAUGGAAGCUUGGAUCAUGAGGUUGUAGAGCAGAAUGAAGAGGAAGCACAAGAGGGGGGGCAAGAUGAUGCAGAGGAAGAGGGGCAUGAGGAGAGCCAAGAAGAGGCUGUUGUGGUGGAUGCUGACUCAACAGAUGGUGCUGUACUAAUCAACUCUAACGAGGCUGAUGAAGAGUGGGUGCUUACACCACGUCACUAGGUCCACUCAAGAUAGCUGGUUCCUGCCGGUUGUGACUCCUUAAGGUAUUCUAGAUGUUUCGGUAAAGUGGUGAUCCAGUAAUCGCGUGGUGUCAUUUUGUAGCUCAAUUACUUUUUGUCUUUCGAACUCAUUGUAGACUUUGAAGCUACACCUUAUAGUUUAGUUCACUAUAGUUUUACUAUAUUCUUUCAUGGGGCACUGUACUUAAAUGUAUACAACGACAGUAGGAAUUACAAUUCUUCAGAUUUUCAUACAUCACAUAUUGUAUGCUUGAUUUCCCUUCUGCA